AUGGGUGGAAAGCUUGAUUCUAAUAUCAACAAGGGCAAUGCUCCAUUUAUAUAUCGUAUCAGUGGCCAAAACUAUCAUUACAUGGGGAGUCUCAAACCUCCAGCUGGAAAUGAAGCUAAAUUUUGUCAGCUAUACAUACAUGAUACUGAAAAUGAAAUAACAAACAGACAGGCAUUAUUCAGCAAAAGAACCAAACCUUCAUCGCCUGCUGAUAAAGAACUUGAUGUUGAAAUGAUAAAGUAUUUGAGGGCUUUAUUAGAUUUACAAAAUAUGUUGGUUAAGACAUAUAGGAUGGUUAGAAACCAUUUUCACCAAUCUCCAGAUGCCAACCUUAGUCUUCGACUAAUUUAUAGAAGAGAAAAAGACGGCAGGACAUAUAACUUACCCACCACAUCUGAAGUUGCUGCUUUGGUUGUCGGAGACAUAGAUAAAGCUAUAGACCAUCGUGAUAUUGUUGUCCAGACGCAGUCGGGAAUGCUGCAACGUAUUAGCGAAUUACAUCCAUCGUAUCUUGCUCUUCAAUAUCCGUUACUUUUUCCAUAUGGUGAUGAUGGUUAUAGAGUUGAUAUUCCUCAUAGAGAUUUUAUGUUGUUACAACUGUUUUUGGUUGAUGCGUACACAAUGAUUGAGAGCGAAAGAUUAAAUUACAUUCGUAGGCAACAAGCGAACCUUCGCUCUGAAACAUUUGAGAAUCUUCAAAAGUAUAAAUCUAAAGGUAAGGAAAUUUUAACAGAUACUGGAAAGCCUGUUAUACUUCCUUCUUCAUUUACUGGUAGUGCAAGAUACAUGCAACAAAAUUACCUCGAUGCAAUGGCCUUAUGUAAGUGGUAUGGGUACCCUGAUUUCUUCAUAACUAUAACAUGUAAUCCUAAGUGGCCUGAAGUAAAAAGAUUUCUAAAAGACUCAACUAUCAAAGCUGAAGACAGGCCUGACAUAUUAUGUCGAUUGUUUAAAAGGAAGCUUGAUUCCUUAAUCAAAGAUUUUAAGGAUUCCAAGUAUUUUGGUGAGAUUAACGCUGUUGUUUAUACAGUAGAAUUUCAAAAGCGUGGUCUUCCUCAUGCACAUAUAUGCUUAUUUAUGAAGGUCGAUCACAAACUUCCAACCAUUGAUCAUAUAGAUCCAUUUAUUUCUGCUGAGAUUCCCGAUAAAAAAGAAGAUCCUGAACUUUAUUCUCUUGUGACUGAUUAUAUGAUUCAUGGUCCGUGUGGGAAUGCUAAUUUGAAUUGUCCUUGCAUGGUUGAUAAAAGAUGUUCAAAAAACUUUCCGAAGAAAUUCACACCACAUACAACUAUUGAUUCAAAUGGUUUUCCUGUAUACAGAAGAAGAGAUUCAGGUCAUACAGUUAUAAAAUCUGGUGUUAGAUUAGACAACAGAAAUGUUGUUCCUUAUAACAAAAGGCUUUUGAAAAGAUAUCAAGCACACAUUAAUGUUGAAUGGUGUAAUCAAGCCGGUUCAGUGAAAUAUUUGUUCAAGUACAUCAACAAAGGUCCUGAUAUGGCUACUGCGGUAGUUUCUAGUGAUACAAGUUCAACCAUCAAAGAAAAGCCAAAAGACGAGAUCAAGGAGUAUUAUGAUUGUAGAUAUAUUUCAGCUUGUGAGGCAUCCUGGAGAAUAUUCUCUAAUGAGGUUCACUAUAGGUAUCCUGCUGUUAUGAGGCUUCCCUUUCAUUUGCCCGGCCAACAGAAUGUUGUGUAUGGUGCUGAUGACAAUAUUGAUAAUGUUUUAAGCAAGCCUUCUGUUGCUUCUUCAAUAUUUAUGCAAUGGAUGAAGUUGAACGAGACAAAUAAAGAUGCUAGAAAGCCGACUUAUGUUGAGUUUCCUUCCAAAUUUGUUUGGAUACUUAAAGAUAGAUGUUGGCAGGUACGUAAGUUGUACCAGUGUGUUGGCCGGAUUCAUUCUGUAUCUCCUGCUUUGGGCGAACCUUAUUUUUUGAGGAUACUACUGAAUAAAGUUAAAGGACCUAGAUCAUUUGAGGAGAUACGUACAGUUAACGGUCAAUUAUUCCUGACUUUUGGAGAUGCUUGCUAUGCGAUGGGACUUUUAGAUGAUGACAAUGAAUACGUUGAGGCCAUUAAAGAAGCAAGUUUUGAAGGACAUGCUGGGUAUCUUCGAGCGUUAUUUGCUACCCUGCUUUUGUCAAAUACUCUAUCUCGGCCAGAAUUUGUUUGGAAGAAUACGUGGAAAUACUUAGCUGAUGAUAUUGUUUAUAGACGUAAAAAAGAAACAAAUAUUUCAGGUUUAGUGCUUCCUGAACAUCAGAUUAAGAACCUUACUUUGUUGAAAAUUGAAAACUAUUUAAUUUCCAAUGGUUCAUCAUUACGAAGGUUUGCCAUUAUGCCGUACCCUGAUGAUGAUUCCUUACGUGAUGCUUCUAAUCGUCUGAUCAAUGAAGAGUUGUCACAUGACCUAGAUGAAGUACAAGCUGAGUUUAACAGGUUGCAUCAAUCUCUUACAGAUGAACAACGAGCGGUUUUUGAUGAAAUAAUGGAAGCAGUUGUAGGGCAUAAAGGAGGCCUUUUUUUGUCUAUGGUUAUGGUGGAACUGGAAAAACCUUUUUAUGGAAGACUUUGGCUUCAGCUGUUCGAUGCAGAAAUGGAAUAG